GCCCGGAGCCUCCCCUGGGGAGGGAGAAGGCUCAGCCCUUAAGAGCAGCGCCCGUAGCCCCAGUCCUGCCCCGUCCCGCCCUGUCCCGUCCCGACCAUGGGGGAAGCGGCGGCAGGCAGCGCGGUACCUCUGCUCCCGCCAUCGGAGGCGGGGGGGGGGCAGGUGAACGCCCUGACCGUCCUGGCCUUGCUGGAGAAGCUGUUCUCCAUGCUGGAAGCGGUGGAAGGUAAACAGCGGCAGAUGGAGCAGAGCCAGCGGGGGCUGGAAGGUGCGGUGCGGGAUAUCCAAGGCGACCUGGGGAAAUUGUGCCGCAGCCAUGGGGCGACGGGGGAGGCGGUGGAGAAGCUGCUGGAGAAGUCGCGGAAGGUGUGCGCCCACACCCGCGCCGUGCGGGAGCGGCUGGAGAGGCAGUACGACCAAGUGCGACGGCUAGAGCAGCACCACGCUCAGCUGCUCCGGCGGGACCGCUUCAAGGUGCUCAUCUUCCAGGAGGAAAAUGAGAUCCCUGCCAGUGUUUUCACAAAACAGCCCAUUCCCAGCAUUACAGAAGGAAAAGAGGAGCCUGUGGAUGAGAACAAAGCACUGGAAGAAACCUUGCAUACAGUGGAGUUGUGUUCGGAUGAUGAAAUGUUUCACGAGGAAGACGAUGUGGAUGACAGCGAAGAGGAAAAAACAGAAGAAUCAAGAGCUGAGAAAAUAAAAAGAUCCAGCCUCAAGAAGGUUGACAGCCUCAAGAAAGCAUUUUCCCGCCAAAACAUUGAGAAGAAGAUGAACAAGAUUGUCUCGCCAGAACGGAGAGAAAAGAUCAAGAAAUCGCUUACCGUACAUCAUCAGAAAUCCUCCUCUUCCAAGAGUUCAGCUUUCAAAAUUUCUCCCCUCACCUUCAACGUGAAGAAAGCCCGUGAAGGAGAAAGCCCUGCUGAAGCUGAAGACAGAACAACAGAAACUACAAGUAACAACCAAGCUGAGAAUGAGGAUGAAAUGUCAUUUGCCGACAUGCACUCAGAUAUGACACCCACCACUUCGCUGACCGAGGAGGGCAAAGCAGUAGCAGAUUCUCUAGAGAAGGAAGCCAGAAGGGAAGGGAGCUCCAUGACGAACAACAACAUCGAGCUGUCCAUCGUUGAAGAUGAUGAAGAGUAUGGGAUGCCUCCAGAAGUUUCUAGCCAGAAACUGUACGAUGAAAGAAACAACCCAGUCGGUGGGGAAAGGGAACACUCUGACGAAGAAACAACCCAAGCAGCUGUCCUGCAGAUAAACCAAACAGCAUAAUCAGCCCAAGCCUUCCUUUGCCUUCCAGAUACACAGUUUUACGUAGGCAAGGAACUGGUUUCUGCUACACAGGCAGUAGUAGCCAUUAGUUUCCUCCAUCCUUUUCUCUGCAAUGGUGAUUUAUUGCAUCAUGUUGGAAUGCAGAGUGAACAAGGUCAACAAUGCUGGCUGCAACACGCUCCCUUUUAGGCCAAUUCACUGGAGUUUAUUAAUUUAGUGAGGCUGUCAGCUGGUGUAAGAAACUAGCAAGAGAAGUGUAUGUCUCGUAGAAGCAAGCUGGUCAGCUGGCUUUCUUAUAGUUAGGUCAGAGGAAUGUGUGGAGUAGUCAAAACCCAAACAAUUCUGUUCUGUUUUCCUCUUUGUCAGUAUUUACCAGCACUGUGAGUAGUUUUGUAUGGGCAUGUAGGAAUACCAAUGAGAACAUUUGAUUUUGGUUUCCUUGCCAUGCUCUAAGAAUACUAACAGCCUCAGGAUAACUGUGCAUACACAUAGAAGUGUUUUGGAGCUUUGCUCCACGAUGCUGUAAGCCUGGAAGAGCAGAACACAUGGAGGGCAAAGCUGAAAAGUUGAUUCCAUCCGUUUCAGUAGGGGAAGGAUUUUUGCCAGCAGUCUCCUGCUAUUCACUUAGAAGAAAUGACUGUGUUUAGGUGGGAAUGAAAAAGUUUUUUCUAAAUCUACCAGAGUUAUGAAAGUACAUAAAUGACAAGCAUGAAUGUGUGAUCAGCUACUGUACCUUUAAAGGAUCAGAAAUUGAAGGAAUUUGAAAAACUAAGAUAGUCUGAACGUAUGAAAUGCUAUGAAAUGAAAAAAAAAAAAGCAAAAAUAAACCCCUGCAAUAUCAGAUCUAUACUCCCAGCUUAAAUAAUAUAUACUCAGAUAACACUAAUUAUUUCUUAGUCUUUAUAGCAAUAUAUUAGCAAACUUUGCACCUGCACAACUUUGUAUCUCAGAGUACUUUGAAAAUAGCAUAAUUUAUCUUUUUAAGAAUUAUUUCGUAUAUAGAAAUAUAUUUACACAGAAGAGUUACAAAAUUACAGGGAUGUAAGGACAAUUUUUUCAAAAAGGUGAAAUUAUCUUUUAGUCACAUCUAAAGGGAAUAACUGUUAUGGAUUGAACUUCAUGGCAGGGAUGAGUUUACGUAAGGAUGAGUCUGCAAAGCCACAGGAUUUUAUUCUCUCCUGAUGACUUUCCUCAAUGCCACCUACCUGCUCACAAAAUUACAAGUCUGUAAUUUUUCAAAAUUCAUUGAAAAUGAGAGGUUACAUGUUCAGUAUGAAUGUUCAUUCCUGUCACUUAACAAAGGUAAGGGGGAAAGGGAAGCACAGUACCCUCAACAGUUAGCUUACAUCCUUGUUUGUUUAUGCAGUGGGUUUUUUUAUUAUAUAUAGAGAGAGCUAAAAUUCUACUGAAACUUAACAUUGCACUAAAAGUUUGCUUCCUUCAACUUGCAUUUAGAAUCACAAAUUACAGGGGACAUAAAACCUACAGCAAAAAUACCAUUAUUGAAAUGAUUAACAUGUAUUACUCCACAGGGGUAAUAUCUGUAACCAGUAAAUCACACUGGAAGUUAGUCAGCAAGGGCUUAGUGUAGGCAAGUACUAUUAAGAGUUAAGCUCUUAAGUGUAUGGUAUCAUAUAGGAGAUACUGUUUGUAAGAAAAAUCAUGGCUUAACUUGUGCAGCUAUAUUUUUAUUUUGUAUUAACUACAAUGGAUUUCAGUAAUUUUUACUUGUAACUAACUACAAAUACGACAAAUAAAAACAUAACAUAAAACACA